GUACCAUCUAGCUUCAGCCAAUUGCGCGGCUGAUACGGGCUGAGCUCGAGCACUCCAGCAAUCAAGGAGGCCGCCCUAGCAAGGCAGCAACACCAGCUGAGGUUUGCCUUCUUCUAGUGACCCACUUCGUCCACUAUAUCUUGACCGACUCACGCCGCAAUAUUUGUGGCGCGCAACUCGAGUAAGACGACUGCAGAUUCCUCCGCCCUUACGAAGAAACUUGCACCCACUAUCCCACCAUGGCUGUCGAAACGAGCACCCCAGCUAGUUCUACCGAGAACGGCGUCGCCUCGGAAGAAGUCACCAAGCUAGAAAACGGUACCGCCAAAGAGAAGAAGGUGGAUGAAACACCAAAGGCCCCCAAAGGCUCGAAAUGCGAGAUCAAGAGUCUGGCCCAGAAGGGCGAUGGUGAGGUCCAGGAAAAAGACGAGUACCUUUCCUCUCUUAAGAGUGUGUUCAAUGAAUACGCAUUGGUUGCAAAACAAGUCUUCAAUGAGAAAGAUAAGCUCGAGAAGACGAUUGUCGAUGUCUACUCGCCUCAUCUUCUGGCUUGCUUGAAGGAGGUGGUCGAGUACUACCCGGCCGAGCCGUUGCACUUCGACCAAAGCGUCUCGUUUGAUUCGCCGUUCAUGCUACUCAACCAUCAUGUGGAAGAGAUAACUCAAUGGGGAGAGGAGGCUAGUGACGAGGAGGCCAACAAGCACGUCAAUCUCUUGUUAGACUUUCUAGAGAACGAGGCCGGAGACAAGGGUCUGGAGGCUAAGAGGCUUGACAAGGGCAGGCUGAUUACCUUUGACCUCCUUUGGGUCAUCUUCAAACCUGGAGACCUCGUUUACACCAAAGAGUACAAUCACGAGCGCCUCUAUCGUCUGACGAAAACCGGCUACCAGGACUCGGAGUGCUCGUCUGGGAAGUUCUUCGAGCUGACCUGCGAAUACACUAGCUGUGAUGGAAGCCGGGUUGGCACCUCGAACGUGAAUCUCAAGAUCUGGGAGAAGCAGGAGUUCGUCGGUAUCAGCCCUUCGAGCAUCACCGCACUAUCCACAUUCCCCUUCCACUACCUCGGCGACGAACAAGAAAGCAUCAAACAGAGUCUCAUUGAGCGUGGCGAACGCUAUCUUAAGAUCCGUGGGGUCCAAAGCUUCAACUACGAAGGGCUAUUUAUGUUUUUGAAGACACCUCCCUACGACCACUACGAUGAGAGAGCCAAUUACGAUGGGAUAUGGCUUCCUCGAUCGGCGGCAGGUCGAGUUGUCGUCGACUGCAAAACAUUCGUCGAGGAGUUGCGAUCCCAAAAGGAAGAAUGGGCAUGCUGCGACGACCACAAAGACCCCAACCAGCGCGAGCCUACGGGCCCACAGAAUCCCGAAGCGGAUCCCUUGCUCUGUCCGCCAUAUGUCUAUGGCUUCAAUCUGGAUAUGAAGGAAUGGUGCAAAUUCUUUGUCGACUUCCUUGAAGAUAUCGAAUGGGCGCAAAACGCGAUGGAUAGACUUAUUCUGCCUGAUGCGCAGCGAAGGUUGAUUCGAUCACUGGUCACUUCUCACCGAUUCCCCGACCAAGCGCGAGAUGAGGCCCAUUUGAAGGGCAAAGGGCUGAUCUUGUUGCUGCACGGCUCGCCAGGAAGCGGAAAGACACUCACAGCUGAACUCGUAGCAGAGCACACCAAACGACCCCUCCUCAAGAUAUCCACCGGUGAGCUUGGCAGCUGGGGCGACGGCAUCUCAAGAGAACUCAAGCGCCAUCUCGCUUACGCCUCGAUCUGGCACGCCAUCGUGCUCAUCGACGAAGCCGACGUCUUCCUCGAGGAGCGCCAAAGCGGGCCCGGCGACCAAUUCGCGCAGAACAACCUUGUCGCCGUGUUCCUACGACAGCUCGAGUACUUCCAGGGCAUCCUGUUCCUGACGAGCAACCGAGUGCAAGUCUUUGACCGCGCUAUUCGCUCCCGUAUCCAUCUGGCGCUGCAAUACGAUGCCCCGGAUGUCGAACGCCGCAAGCAGCUGUGGGCGCAACAGCUUGCUGGGCUGCCAAAGGAGGAGGCGGAGAUCGAUAUCGGUUCCUGCGUUGAGAAGUUUGCGAAGCCUGAGAUGAAUGGCCGCGAGAUCUCGAAUGCGGUCAAUACGGCACGCACGCUGGCGGUGUCGGAGGAGAAGAAGUUAAGAGCCGAUCAUCUGGACACUGUUCUUCAAGUUUGGCAGGAUUUCCAGCUCUCCUUGGAGACGAUUGAGAAGAGCGGGAAGAAGUUUCAGUAUUGAAAGGCUUUGACUUGGGUGAGAAUGCCUAAUUGCUCGGCUGCUGAAUUAGCAGGACUCUUUGAUAGAGUGAAUAAAUAUGCCGUCUACUAGACAACACGUGAUGGAAAUAUGACUUGACUCAAUUUGAAGU